AUGUCGAGCGGUGGAGUCCUGUCCAGCUCGCCGGUUUCGACCCGAGGAGGCUCACCAGUUCGUCGAAAAGGCAGCUCCAGCAUCAGUGUCGAUGAUUCCGAAAAUCGUCCUAGACUUUCACCGACAUUAGCAAGGUCAUUCGAUCCCAAUGAUCCUCAGGUCAGAGAACGCCAGCAAACCUUGGAUAUGGAUAUGGCAAUGCAGCUUUCCAAGGCUCGCAGAGAUACUAUCACUACUUCCCCAACAACUACACAUCAGGAAAUACAAGCAGAGAGUCAAGACGUCGUUGCUCAGGCGGGUCUUUCCCCUCGAGAGCAGCGUGACAUAGAUAUCGCUCAAGGGCCUUCCAUGGAGGAGAUAGACGACUUGGAAUCUAUCAUUACCAAACGGCAACCCUCACCCGUUGACCUUCGAGAUCUUUUGCCUCAAUCCCAUGAUCCCAGUUUACUCGUUUCAUUAAAUGGCGCUGUGCAUCCAUCUGCCGACCGAGACGAUCCAUCUACAUCUGCGUACGGAGUUCUUCCGACCUACCAAGCAAACAUGUCCCAGUCU